UAUCACUGAUGUUUUCAUCUCAGGUUUUCAGAGGUCAAAGGUCAAACACAGUUUUAUUGUUAUUGUGACACUGCGUUUAUAUGUGAGACCAGAUCCUGGACCUGGACCUGGACCCUCCACCCACUGAUAAGAUGAACCAUAAACCUUUGAGCAGCAGCUGAUCAACAUCAUCAUCUGUUGACUUUAUGUAUCUGUUUUCUACAAAACCACGAGGUGAAGCCUCAGAUCCAGAUCAGAGACCAGUUUCAGCUGGUUUUAGUCCUUCAUUCAGGAUCCAGGACAGGAGAUACUGGAUCUUGAACCAGGUCUGGCAGGUCCUUUACUUUUCAGCAGUUCCAGAAGGUUUCUGAAGGUUCUGCAGGUUUCAGGAGUUCUGGCAGAUCUAUCAGUGUAAAAGUCUGGAGUUCUGACCUGGUGGACAGAGGGUUGACAGAACCAGGAUGAAGAGGGGGACCUGGGAUGGUCUGACAGGUCUGCAGAAUCCUGGACUGGAGCUGGAGAUGACAGGAAGCACCAGUAGAAUCCAGGUCUCAGGUGGUCCUCAGGUCUUAGGUGGUCCUCAGGGGCCCAGGUCUCCACUGUCAGCAGCAGUGAAGGCUGCAGCUCAGUGGGCGUCGUACUCCUGCAGCCGCUGGAGGCACAGAGGAAGAAAACUAAGAGGACUUCAGCCAGAGACCAGGUACCGAGGUCUGGCUGAGGACGAUAAAGGUGAUGAAGAGCAGAGAGACGAGACUGACGGCACAAAUAAAGACCAAAACCUGAACAAAAAACUGCUGGACCACUUCAGAAACCUGGCUGCUUCAGACCAGGACCAGGACCAGGUGGACCUGGCGUUUCUGGAUCAGCUGAUCUCGGAUGGAGCCGAUCCAAACAGCUCAGACAGAUUCGGACAAACUGUUCUUCACGAGAUCUCCAGGGCAUGGAGUGUGGAUGUGAUGCGGUUCUUCCUGGACCGGGGUUCAGACCUCCUCCGCCCUGAUCAUUUUGGAGUCACGGCGCUGCAUGUGGCCUCAGCACUGGACUACCAGCACAUGGUCCAGUUCCUUCUGGAACGGAAAGCUGAUCUGGAGGCUCGGACUCUCCUGGACCAGCAGACCCCUCUUCACUUCGCUGCCAAGAAUGACGCUGUGUCUUCAAUCAGACUCCUGCUGCAGGCCGGAGCCUCUAUCAGCUGCACCGACCACAAACACCGGACGCCGCUGCAGCUCGCCGCCAACCUGGAGCGUAGUGAAGCCGCUCAGGUUUUAUUGGAGCUCGGGGCGGAGGCAGGGAUGAAGGACUCUGAUGGACAGCUCUGUAUAACUGCUCUGAUUGGUCAGAUGAGUCCAGUGGCCCAGCUGGCGCUCUGUCAGUUCCACAUCACUGACAGGAUGACCAGACAACAGUACUACUACCUGAACCUGCUGGAACCAGAUCCACAACCACACUCACCUGAGAAGCACCUGAAAGCAGUUGUCAGUGAGCCGACAUCUCCACUGGAGGUGGUGGUUCAGGAGGGAAAACUGGACCUGAUCAUGAAUCCAGUCUUUCUCAAACUGAUCCAGGUCAAAUGGAAACUCUAUGGCAGGUUGGGGGCAUGGCUUCUCCUCAUCUUAAACUUCCUGUUCAACGUCUCCUGGACGACCGUUGCCAUCUCUGUGUCUGUCCACAGAGACUCAGCUGAUCGCUAUGUCCUCCCCCAGGACUGGUGGCGUGUCCUCCUUGUGGUCCUGGCGCUCCUGUUGACCCUGGAGGAGGUGCUGAGGGAGGUGCAGGACAUCCUGUGUUCCAGGAGGAAGCUCCGCCUCUGGAAGGAGUGGGCAGAGCGUCGUCUCCUUGAUGAUCUGCACUGUUCACAUCCCAUGUGGCCUCAGGAGAAACUUUUCUUGUUGGAUCAGAAGAAACAGAUUCAGAGGAGGAGAGGAAACUACAGCAAAGACCUGUGGAACGUCUGCGAUUGGCUGGUUUACUCUCUGCUGACAGCGUCCUUCAGCGUCCAUGUGGCAGAUGUAAUUGGUCCAUCUCCGUCUCUGCACACUGCCAGUCUGCGUCUGUUCUCCAUCACCGUCGUCUUCCUGUGGCUGCGACUGAUGAAGCAUGUCAGAGCCUUCAGGUUGAUGGGUCCGUUCAUCGUCAUGUUGGGGAACAUUGUCGGGGACGUGAUGUGUUUCCUCUUCCUGUAUGCUGAGAUCUUUGUUCCCUACGCCUGCAGCUUCUGGAUCAUAUUUGGAGGGUCCUCCUCAGUUCCCAGCAUGCAGUCUGUCUCUGGCCUGCUCUACAGUCUGUACCGCAUCACUCUGGUGGAUGAGUACGAGUUCACUGCCAUGGCGACGGUGGACGCUGUCAUGGCUCCUCUGCUGUGUGGGACCUUCCUGGCAGCAUCCUCCAUCCUGUGUGUCAACCUGCUAAUCGCCCUGCUCACCGACACCUUCCAGAGGGUUCACGAUAACUCUCAGGCGAACGCUGUGAUGCAGCAGGCCGCCGUCAUCCUGCAGGUGGAGGACUCCAUGCCCCUCCUCCGCCGUUUCUAUGACAACCAGUAUAUAUCCAAUCACUGUGCACCACUGGCCGAUGCCCACAAUGAUGACGUUAACACAAACCCCCGUUACCAUGACGAGAUGGGACGCAUCACAGCACAGAUCAAAGAGACUCUGGACCAGUUCCUGGUCCUGCAGAGAGACGUAGAGACGGUCUCAGGAUCAAGAUCAGGAUCUGGAGUCCACAUGGACCAGAACCUGCAGAACCACCUCCAGGAGAGAAAGGACCAGCAGGACCAGGAACUUCAGGACCAGAACCAGGAGCUUCAAUUAAUCCGAGCAGAGCUGAGGCAGCUCCGGACUCUGGUCCAGCAGUUGGUUCAGAACAGGACAGACUCAGGUUUACAGAAUUGACCAGACCAGACCACAGACCAGACAACAGACUAGACCACAGACCAGUCUCUGGCUCUUCAGACAUGAGGACUGAUCCUGAUCCAGCUCUUGAAGAACUCAGUGCUUUUAUUUUGAAAUAAAGGCUAAAUGAUAAUUAUUAUUAUUAUUAUAAUAAACACAGGCUGAAUGCCUCUGUUCAGUCUGAGUGAAUCA